CACACUUUUGCACUGCUUGGCGCACAACUAGUUAUCACGCUGAUCAUGGUCAGCGUUAUUCAGAAGCUGAGUCCACACUUUUCUUUAGCCAAAUGGAUACUCUGUUCUACCGGGCUAACACGCUACCUACAUCCGACGGACGAUGAGCUCCGGAAGCUGUCGGGUGUGCCGCGAGAAAAGGGCGGCAAGGGCAAGAAGGACAAACGCAACGGGCAUCAGGCGAAUGGCGAAAGAUCAUCGACAUUCCAUAUACCGCGCAGUCUGGACGUACGGUUAGACACGGUUCCCAUCUCACCGUACGAUAUUGUGCAUUUACGCUUCUACACCGAGUAUCAGUGGCUGGUCGACUUUAGUUUAUACUCCGUUAUCGUUUACACCGUAUCGGAGGUCUACCAUUUCUUCUACCCACUCAAAGAGGAGAUCAAUCUAAGCAUGGUGUGGUGCCUUCUGGUUGUGUUUUUUGCCUUCAAACUGCUUGCCUCGCUAACGGUGCAAUACUUUAAAAGUGAGGAAUCAAUCGGUGAACGAUCGACAUGCAUCGUUACCGGGCUAGCUUACCUGCUGAUCGCUAUGAUUAUUUUGAUCGUGCCAGAGCACACGCUGGAGGUGGGCCUGGAUAAAGCAUAUCACAGCUUUAACAGCAGCGCGUCAAGCUUCCUCGAGGGUCAGGGGCUUAAUUCCUCUGGUCCUGCGUCGAAGAUUGUGGUAAAGUUUUUCAUUGCCGUCAGUUGCGGCAUCUUAGGAGCGUUGUUUACCUUCCCCGGAUUACGUAUGGCUCGUAUGCACUGGGACUCAUUGAGAUUUUGUAAUGAUCGUCUAUGGUUGAAACUGCUGUUAAAUGUUAGCUUCGCAAUGCCAUUCCUGCUGGUUAUCUUGUGGGUUAAACCACUGGCUCGGGAUUAUCUUACGGGACGCGUUUUCUCCGGCAUGAGCUCACCUAUUCUAUCGACAGAAGCGUUCGAAACGAUCCGUCUCGGUGCGGUAGUUGUUGCGGUCGUACUACGUUUCCUGCUGAUGCCCGUCUAUCUACAAGCCUACCUCAACCUUGCGUACGAUCGUGUCGAGGAGCAAAAGAAGGAAGCUGGCCGCAUAACGAACGUCGAGUUGCAGAAGAAAAUAUCAUCCAUCUUCUACUACCUCUGCGUCGUGACACUGCAGUACGUGGCACCUAUCUUGAUGUGCUUGUUCUUUGCCCUCAUGUACAAAACGCUCGGCGAAUACACGUGGAACGGUGUGCUGAAGCAGUCUCUUCCACUGGACGAAUGUUCCGCCGAUGUGGAGUACGAAAAGACGAUACUGGCUACGAUAGCGAGCGAAAAGGCAGCCGUUGAAGCGCACGAAUUUCAAGGCAUUACCCCGGAAGGUGAGCCAGUGCCUGUAGAAGCAAACAUACUCACCACUGCCCAAAACUUCCAGCUGUCGUUGCAAAAUCUUAAAUCAAUCUUCACCAAAGAUGUGUACCGUGGACUGUUUGGGUUCGCAACGUGGUGGAGUUGCUUUAUCUGGUUCGCUGCCAGCUCGCUCGGUAUGGUUUACCAGUCGUACUUUACCAAAUCGUGA